UGUGUCACAUUAUCUGUCAUUUUUGCUUGCAAGUUUCGCCUGCUGCGAAAUACGGAAUUUUCUAUUUUUGUCCUCAUCGGGAGACAAUAAAUAUAAACAUUUAUGCAGUCCGACGACGAAGACACGUCGUUGCAUUCAUGCUUCGAUUCGCUAAAAACCGCUGUCAUGGGGUGCUGCUAUAGUAUUUGCCACAAAGACACCGAUCCACAGGAGAACACAGUGAACGAGAGAACACAUCUCCUGGAGGUGACGGAGCAGCAGCAGGAGACGCCGGUGCCGGCCGCCUCCGCCUCCACGCCGCCGCGCAAACCCGACGAGCAGAGCGCGCUCAACAGGAUACUACAUGAGACUGCCACCAACGUGAUCGACGUAGGAGCCCUAGGUCCCUAUGCAUUGGAGGCUGGCGCGUACUCCGAGCGUGUCCGCGUGUACAGUGCCCGCGUGGCGGGGCUGGGCGCGGCGGGGGCGGCGGCUCCACGGCUCCUGGCCGACCUGCCGCACGCUGAGCGAGCUGCUCUACUCGCCAAGCCACCAUUAGGAGCUGGGGAUAAGGACCUUAUAACGAAUGCAGUAAAGAAAGCUGCCGCUGCGAUCUCAGAGCUACGAGUGGAACACCACGAGGACUUGGUGGUACCAUUCCGGGUGCCAUAGCAACGGCGGACCGCGUCUUACUGCGAGGACGAGCGGUCCUACUGACACGGACGCGACACUGGCGGGCGCACCAAGUAAGGAUAGAUAGGUGAAUUAGGACAAACAAAUUUAUAGCAACAAAUGGGUUAUUUCUUACAAAAUUAAAA